AUGGAUUCGUAUGUUGAGGACCUUGAGGUGCUGGAGAUCACAGUUGUGGAAUAUACAGCCACAGACACGGAUACUAUACGAACAUGGGCAAUAUCAACUCAAAACCCUAAGUUUCCACAGAGCCGAGUCCACAUCGACAAAUUCGAGGAUCCUUUCGAGAAAGGCCAAUAUGCGCUCCACGACGAUUAUCUGACACCCUCAGAAAAAAAAGCUGAGGCGCCAGCGGCCACGACGGACGAUCCGGAUAUACACUGCCGAAUUGAACUUUACUGCGAGAAGCUAGUUACGCAGCUUCGCCUAGAGAAUGUGAAGGCGAAGAAGCUACGGAUCUUCGUCAAUGAGGACCCCCGGACCGAAGCCAAGAGCAGCAUCCACUGCCUCCUCUGGGAGCUUCUCGAGCACCGCAUUUGCAAGGACAAAUGGGGGUACGACAUCCAGGUCACACGCAUCAUCAGUUGCGUGAAGCCCAACGCAGUUUUGCCCCUGGCCCUCCGCGACGCGAGCCAGACGUGCCGCGUUCUGCUUGUCGUGGCUCGCAGCUGGCAGCUGGUGUCGACCUCUCACAACCCGCCAUACGGCUACCUUGAUAUUCCCCCAAAGACCGUCCACCAUACUCUUUGCAAGCUGGUCGAGUACCUCGACCAGAGUUGGCGGCCGAGCCGCCUCAAACUCCACGUGGUCCGGCCGGGAACGUUAGAGGAGCUCAAGCGACAUCUUGAAUUGGCAAAGGGAAAAGGUUUCGAAUACGAUAUGAUCCAUUUGGACAUGCAUGGGAGAUUAAGGCAAGAAACGGGUUGUGAUAGCGAUGACGAGUUGAUUACAAACGACAAGACAUAUAAUUUCGUCAGUGCCAGCGAUAUCGCCGGUGUUUUGAGAGAUUUCAAAAUCAGCGUUGUCGCCCUCAGCGCCUGCCAGUCUGCCUACUCGCAGACAGGACUGAUGAGUAACCUGUGCCAUGUAUUCCUCGAACAAGGAGCUUGUGCAGUGACAGCCAUGGCAUUCAAGGUCAGGGCUUUGGCCGUGCAGAAUUAUUAUCGUGGGUUCUAUUCAGCGCUGUUUAUCGGCGACGCCUCUUACUCGACCGCAUCGGUGAUGGCGAGGGCAUACCUUUGCAAGGAGGGAAAAAAGCCCAGGGCAAGGAACGAGCUUGAUAGCACAGGAAUCCCGCACCAGUUCUUCCCCAAGAGAGUCGACACUAUGGUCAAAUCCUGCUUCCAACCGGCCCUAUUCAGACCGCUGGGUACGAUAAACCUAGCUCUGACUGGUGGUCUCUUCAGCGCCCCCCUUUUAACAGGCUCCUGGAGCCUCGGGGCGCUGGUGGCUUUCAUGUUGUCUUUGCUAUGGCUGGACUACAAGGCGUUGUGGCGUAGGCUUUGGUUUCAGUUCUGGCCACCGUCAAUGGAGGAGUUUCGAAUGAUGCUUGAGGAUCACUCUGCGGAAAAGAAUGAGAAGAAACCAAAGCCUAGGAAAGAACCAGAUCCUGAGCUGUCAAUUGGUCUCAUGGCUCUAGAGGAUCAACUGAUGCAGAACAAAACCGUGUUCAUCCAGGUUGACCGGCGAAAUCACGAGAGCCAUCAUAUGACGGAGCUCAAUUACAUCACGAGGAUUUGGAAGAUGACAGAAUUGGUCAACGAAGUUCAGAUCUACGAUGCCGAGAGCUUUAAGAGUACAUUCUGGUUUAACCUGACUUACUACAAGACACAGGUCUAUGACUCAGUCCGGCGUUGGUUGAAGACUUGCACAUCGUGGAGUCAGUCUGAGCGCAGCGGCUUAGCCAGGCCACCACGACUUGCCUACGGCUCGCUGAAGGAAAAUGCAUCAGUACUCGUCUUCCACAAUUUUGACACUGUCACCAAGUCCGAUGAGAUUAAGUACAACAUUAGCGAGUUUAUCAAGCGCCUCUCGGAAAACAGAUGCAUCUACAUCAUCCUUCUCGGAACCGAUGAGGCCGAUUGGGAAUCUAGCCCAAUUGACCCGGGAAUACAUACUUGGGCGAGAGGGACUAUGAUGCGUGCUAGGCACGUCCUGCUACGAGGCUACCACUAA